GUGGACUCUGACGAGUUGCGCGAACUUCAGAGUUUUUGGCAUCCCGCACCAGGUUGCAGACAUUGCUUGCCCAUCUGUCCUCCGCAAAGAAGCCCAGCACAGCAAUGUCUGGAGUAAUAACAAACCCCGUGCAGCUCGGCACAAAAGCGCACAAAAUCUACGUGACCCGCCUGUACCGUCGCUCCCUCCGCCUCGCACAGGACUGGUACUGGCAACGAGUGGAGUUCCGCCAGAAGGCGGUGCAGAUCCGGCAGCUGUUCGAUGAGGGGAAACAAUUGGACAACCCGAAGCAUGUGGAGGCGUUGUUGGGGAAGACGGAAUUGAUAUUGGCGACGUAUUAUCACCCGCAGCCUUACUUCAGCCCGGCAGCACCAGGCGGUUCCAAGUGGGAGCGAAACAUUCCAUUCCCAGAGGAGCUUAUCAAACGCGGCGUCACCAUCUUCGACAACAACUAAAAAAAGAAGCGGGAAUCGGAACGCCAAAAAACCCCCCCGUCGGGCUCGUGUUUCUUUUAUCGUCAGACUCUUCCCCCCUUUUGUGCGCUUCUUAGGCCCCUCCAAUAUACCCAUAUGGGAAAAAAAAAGAAAGUCGCUUUCUCUCCCUCGUCGUUCUCCCGAUUACUGGUGGGCGGGAAGUUCGAGUCUGUAAGCAGCGGGAAAAAAAAUCGUGGGAUUGCUUUCCGCAGACGCUGGUUUUGGGGGGACCCAGGGACAACCCCGAUAUCCACCCGGUCGAGCACGAUUUAGCAGUUGGAGACUCGGGGGGGCACAGAC